UUGUUUUUUCAGGCUAAGUUUUACAGAAAGUGAUUGGGCACUUUAAUGGCUUUCACAAAUGAUAAAGAUGGAUCUAAGGGUUUUGUGAAGAGAGUGGCUUCAUCUUUCUCCAUGAGGAAGAAGAAGAAUGCAACAGGUGAACCGAAGUUGCUUCCAAGAUCGAAAUCAACAGGUUCUACAAACUUUGAAUCCAUGAGGCCACCUGCAACGAAGAAGACUUCAGAUGUCACAAACAAAACAAGGAUCAAACCAUCAGGUGGUCUAACACCACAACCAAGAAGGGAAAAGAUUGAUGAUCGUGGUGGUGGGACGAAUAUGAAGUUUGGAAAAUGGAGAAGCUUUGAUGAUAGUGAUUCAGUUUGGUUAUCUUCAGAUUGUGGAUCUCCUACUUCUCUUCUUGAGGAACGGAGAUUAUCUGUUUCAUUCCGUUUCUCGGUUGAUGAGAGUGUAGUCUCUUGGUUAUCAAACCUUGCCAAAUCUUCCCUCUCUCUGAAUCAUCAAGAAGUACGUUCCACUAAAGACCGUCCCAGGAUCCCGAGGAGCACUAAAGACAAUGCAGAGAACGUUCAGAAGAAAGAUUCAUCUAGUUCUGCUCCAAAUCUCAGCGUUCUUUAUGAUUCUUCUACUCGGAGUUCACAUGGAAAGAAAGUUAGCUUUUCACCAUCUUCAGGUACAAAAAUUGAUACAGGGAAUUCUUCUCCUGCUCUGACAAUCUCCUCUGAUUUGCCAUCUGGUCCGAAUGAUCACACAGCAACUUCUUUGGCUCAUGAGAAAAGUUUGGAUGAGAAAAGUGUAGAGAGUGUAGAUUCUAAGAACAGUAGUAAUGUUGAUGAGCCGCUUUUCUGGCCAUAUGAACAGAGAUUUGACUGGAAACCUGAGGAUAUCUUGAAGCAUUUCUCAAUGUCCCCUCGGAGAAAGAAGUUAUUGAAUGCCAAAGUUUCAGCUGCAGGUAGCUCUCCGAGAUCCAUGAGAGCACAACUUCUCCAAGCAAGAAAACUAGAUCUUAAAGAUGGUAGUAAGAGAAAGCUUGUGUUCAGUGGACCUAUAACCAACGCAUCCAAGAUUCCAGAACUCAAAAGAAGUACCAGCAAUAGCAGCAACAAGAAAAAUGACAGCAUCAAGAAGGAGCCAAUCAGGAACUGCGUGAAGAGGAACAAAAGUUUGCCAUCAAGGUUGAGAAAAUCGAGCAAAACAUGUUCAAAGGUUGUACCUAUUGAAGUAGCUGAAGGAGUGAUAGCAGCAGAGAAAGCCAAAGUGGAGAUAAAGCUCAUAAACCGCAGAAGCAAGACUAUGCUGGAAGACGAUUUUGCAUUGAUGAAUGAUUUCUCAAGAGAGAAGGCAGUGGGGCUAGGGGAGUUCAAGGGUAGAGAGGGUAUAGACUCAGAAUUUAACUCUGACACUUUCCUGUUCGAUGAUUCUCUUUGAAACCACCAUAGAUUAUCAUUGAGUAGAACUGCAGGCUAAAAGAAUACAACCCUGACUUUGAUUGUAUGAGAGCAUUUUGGAGGAAUAUAUAUAUGUUCAUGAGAUUGCGCUCUAACUUCUCUUCCGGACAGAGUAACUAAAUCAGACCAAACAAGAAACCAUAUUAAUGACAAAAUGUUCCAAUUUGCCAGUGCUUCAGCACGUGUAGACAGACAUAUCCUAUUUUCAAAAUACAAUUUUUUUAAAAGAAAAUGAUGACCCCUUCCGAUAAUAUUUAUGGGGCCGCCUCUUCCGGCUAGAGCCGAGUGCCUCGCAAUAUUCCGAUAGUUCCCUCCUAAGUUGCUCCACCACAUCUGCUAUUGGUCCUCUGAUCCCUAUAUCCGAACCAGCCUCUAAAGUUGCUCCGUCAGAUUUUCUGCUGCGUGCCUCCAACUGUAGUUUUGCUUGACCAGAUUCGCUGGUUCUUCGGGCAUAUCUGCGAUUGCGAGCUGCUUGUCUCUUAGCACGCCUAGCAUCCCUAACACGUCUAUCAGCCAGACACUUUUCUACAUACUGUUGCAUCUCUUCACCUUUCUGUGAUCACAUCCAUCAUUUCACAAGAUAUGAUUCAAAAUGCUAUAUGGAGAAGAAAGCUACUAUGAAUUGCUCUUGAUCAUCAUCAUCUCAGCAUAAAAGAUUAUACCUACAGUUAACCUUUUUCUUUUGAGGGGUCGAAUCCUAGAAGCCUAUCUAUAUAUCUCAAAAUUAUCAAACCUCUCUCAAGCAUCUCCACCUAUCUUUUCAGAACACAACCUACCUACCUCAAAACAGAGUCACUUACCUCUGCUAACGACUUCAAUCUUCACACGCAACACAAGAUCUGUGAGAUGAUAGAGCUAUGAUAUGCAAGCAAAAUUAGAACAACGGCUCCAGAAAUAUAAAACACUUGAACGAUUGAAUUAAUCAACAAAUUCCAUCACAAGAAAACAAAUGCACCUACUGACUGAGAAACCAUAUCCAUAACCGAUUAAACCUAUUUAAUAAGUAAAUAAUGUACUACUGUAGUUAAAAAACAAAUAAUGUCAAAAAAAAUAAUUUUCGUA